ACAGUUGGAAUAUCAAGUUUAAAACUACUAGCUACAACCACCCACAGUUGGAAUAUCAAGUUUAAAGACUAUAAUGUAACGUCUUCUUUGAGUUUUUUUCUUUCAAUCUCUUUAUGUAAAGCAAAGCAAAAUAUUCAGUUACAGCCUUAAUUUUAAUUUGUAGAAAAAGCCAACGUCCACUCUUUCCUUUUUUAUCACCAUCUACACCUCUCUCUCUCUCUCUCUCUCUCUCUCUCCUUCACAAAAAGACCAACAAAACAAAUGCCAUUUCUGAGUACUUUAAACAAACUCCCAACUCCCCAUGCAAAAUUUUCAGCUUUGAGCUACUAAAUUAUAUUGUUGUGGAGGUGCAUAGUAGAAUUCAAUGGGUGGUUGCACAUCAAAACCUCCCCCUGAACCCCAUUACUCCAAGAGCGAUCUUUAUACUCCCCAUGUAACUGCUAACAACGACGAAAAUACGAGCAAAGAGGAACCUCAAGUGGGUAAAAAGUCGCCGUUUUUCCCAUUUUACAGUCCAAGUCCAGCUCAUUAUUUUUUCUCAAAAAAAUCUCCGGCAAAUUCUACUCCCCGGAGGUUCUUUCCACCACCUUCUCCGGCGAAACAUAUACGUGCUUUGCUUGCCCGGAGACAUGGUACUGUGAAACCCAAUACAAUUCCGGAAGGCGAUGAAUUGGAGGGGGGUGGGGGUCUUGAUAAGAGUUUUGGGUUUUCCAAGAAUUUUGGAAAUAAGUAUGAAAUUGGAGAGGAAGUUGGGAGGGGGCAUUUUGGGUAUACUUGUAAAGCUAAGUUUAAGAAAGGUGAACUUAAGGGUCAAGAAGUUGCUGUUAAGGUCAUACCCAAAGCAAAGAUGACCACAGCGAUAGCCAUCGAGGACGUGAGGAGAGAGGUGAAGAUAUUAAGAGCUUUAACGGGACACGACAAUCUAGUAAAAUUUUAUGAUGCAUACGAAGAUCACGAAAAUGUCUACAUAGUGAUGGAAUUAUGUGAAGGAGGCGAGCUUUUGGAUAGGAUUCUUUCAAGAGGUGGAAAAUACUCAGAAGAUGAUGCAAGGACUGUGUUGGUACAAAUAUUGAAAGUAGUUGCAUUUUGUCAUCUUCAAGGUGUGGUGCACCGGGAUCUUAAACCAGAGAAUUUCUUGUUCAUGUCCAAAGACGAAAAUGCACAACUUAAAGCCAUAGACUUUGGGUUGUCUGAUUUUGUGAAGCCAGAUGAAAGACUUAAUGAUAUUGUUGGUAGUGCAUAUUAUGUAGCACCGGAAGUUCUACACAGAUCUUAUAGUACAGAGGCUGAUGUGUGGAGUAUAGGUGUUAUUGCAUAUAUCUUGCUGUGUGGCAGCCGUCCCUUUUGGGCUCGAACUGAAUCUGGGAUAUUUAGGGCUGUUCUCAAAGCUGAUCCAAAUUUUGAAGAACAGCCUUGGCCUACAUUAUCUUCUGAAGCAAAAGACUUUGUGAAACGUCUCUUGACUAAGGAUCCACGGAAAAGAAUGACCGCAGCUCAGGCCUUGGGUCAUCCUUGGAUAAAGAAUAGCCACGACAUAGAAGUCCCUUUGGAUAUAAUGAUAUUCAAACUCAUGAAGACUUACAUGCGUUCAUCUGCUCUUCGGAAAGCUGCUCUACGGGCUUUGUCAAAGACUUUAACCAUAGAUGAGCUGGUCCAUCUGAAGCAGCAGUUUUCACUGCUGGAACCAAACAAAAAUGGCACCAUAAACGUGGAUAACAUUAAAGCGGCCCUGAUGAAAAAUGCAACAGAUGCCAUGAAGGUGGCACGCAUUCAUGAUUUUGUUGCUUCACUGAAUGCACUCCAAUAUAGAAGGAUGGAUUUUGAGGAAUUCUGUGCCGCUGCACUAAGUGUAUAUCAGCUUGAGGCUCUUGACAAAUGGGAACAACAUGCACGCUGCGCGUAUGAAAUUUUUGAGAAAGAUGGCAACAGAGCAAUCGUCAUAGAGGAAUUAGCUUCGGAAUUUGGCCUUGGUCCAUCUGUUCCUGUUCACGCUGUUCUUCUUGACUGGAUCAGACACACUGAUGGAAAGCUUAGUUUCCUUGGUUUUGCAAAGUUGUUGCAUGGUGUGUCAAGCCGCGCAAUCACGAAAAUCCAAUGAUGUCAGCUGCUCAAUUCACAAAGUUCAACGAGUCCUUCUCAGCAGUGCAUUCUUAUCCUCAUAUCACUACUGAUGCGUUUUGGCAAUUACAUGAGCAGCAUAUGAGUUGGUUACGAUUAACUUCAGUCACCCACUCUGGAGCUUCAUAGUGUUCUGUGAUGUAGUCACUUUCUGGACCAGUUUGUGGUUAAUGAGGGAUGUAUUCCUAGCAGAACGUGGGUUUUUCUUAGCAUUAGCGCAUGUCAUAUAGUUUUUUUUCAUCAUGUAAAUCAAUAGUUAGUUUCUGUUUGGUUACAGGUGAAAGUAUCUCUCAGCUGGUUACUGGACACACUUAUACAAGAUGUUCUAACCCAUUAGACAGCCCUGACCACUGCCAUUGCAUUGUAUGAUUGUAUCAUCAUGUUUGUACAUACAGUUUAUAGUUGAAAAUAUUCCAUUAUUUUCUUGCUUCUCAA